AUGGAUUCUGGGAAUAGUGGAAGUAUCUCCUCUAGUGGCGAUGACGAAUAUGACGAUGAUUCACGUUCGCAUUCACUCUUCCUCAAUCCAAAUCAAAAUCCCCCAGAUGCAAACUUCUUUUCUGCUUCUUCCUCUUCUGCUAUUAAUCUUCUUCCUUCUUCUUCCACUACCUUCCCUCCACAAUAUUCAUUCAUAAAUUUGGAUACUAAUCAUUCUUCUUCUUCUUCCUCCUCCUCACAAAGAUUAUUAUCCAUUCAACCACCCCCAACCCUACCUUCUUCUUCAUCUUCCUCCUUAUUUCUUCAACCUGCACCACCACCGCCACCACCACCAACAACAACUACUAUCGGUGUUGCUCAUCAUCGGAACGCUAACACUAAGAAGAGAAGCAGAGCUUCAAGGCGAGCGCCAACCACCGUUCUCACCACCGACACAACCAACUUCAGAUCCAUGGUUCAGGAAUUCACCGGCAUCCCUUCUCCGCCCUUCUCCUCCGCCUUCUCUCGCCGCCUCGACCUUCUUGCAACCUCCGCUUCCCUCCGCUCAUCAUCAGGAGUCAUCCCUCACAUGGACUUCCACCCUCUAACACGCACCUUCGCACAAAGCCAAAGCCCAAGCCCAAGCCCAAACCCAAACCCGCUAUUAUUCCAUCAUCACAAUCACACUAGCAGCAUGCUUGAUGCUAUGGCUUCCACUACCACCGCCUCCAACAACCCCCUUAACUUCCAUCUACCCCCUGAUCUUGCUUUACCCUAUCACCACAUGAAUCUAACCAUGCAAAACAACAACCCUACCACCACUACUACCACUCCUUUCAACAAUGUUCCUGCAGCGUUUGCUCCUAAGUCUCAACCAAGUCUAUCCAUGGCGGCAUCCCUUCAUGAGGAUCUUCAUCAGCCUCCGAACAAUAAUAACAAUAAUGCGCAACUGAUGCUACCACCGGAUCAAGAACAUGUAGCUUCUGAUGAGGGUCUCCCAAGCCAUGAUGGUAGAAUAAUUAGGUCUUUACAUGGAAAUAAGGUAGCUUAUUAG